AUGGUGGAGUGUAGGGAGUUCAUGUCUGUGAAGGAGAGAUGCAAUGUGAUUUUGUUUUCCUUUUCUCCUCCCGGCCAAGUCUCAUCCCUCGCUUGGCAAUGCAAUGGUUCCGUAGGGAGGGAUACUGCUCUGGGACGAAGCAAGGUGUACAUUGACACCAUCUUCCCAGACAAGAGCCUGACCGUUUUAGACACUCUCGCAAACAUCGGUCUUCUGUUUUUCUUGUUUCAUGGGCUUGCCUUAUCAAUCACCGCCUUCCCUGUGCUUGCUCGUAUCCUAGCUGAGCUAAAGCUUCUAACAACCGACAUUGGACGUAUGGCUAUGUCUGCAGCGGGAGUGAACGAUAUCGCGGCUUGGAUACUCCUCGCGCUUGCGAUUGCUCUCUCGGGAGAUGACAGUUCUCCUCUUGUACCUCUUUGGGUUCUUCUCUCUGGAUCUGGUUUUGUGAUAUUUGCAGUUGUGGCAAUCAAACCUCUCCUUGGUUAUAUGGCUAGACGCUGUCCCGAAGGAGAGCCUGUGAAGGAACUCUAUGUCUGUGUCACUUUAACCUUGGUUUUAGCGGCGAGUUUUGUGACGGACACUAUUGGGAUACACGCGCUGUUCGGGGCGUUUGUUGUAGCUAUAGUGACUCCUAAAGAAGACCUUUAUUUUGCGUCUAGCGCUCUCAAAACCGAUGUAACAACGAUCAGAGGAGCACAAUCGUGGGGACUUCUACUUCUUGUCAUACUCACCACUUGUUUCGGGAAGAUUGGAGGAACCGUUGUGGCCUCGCUGCUCUGCAAGGUUCCUUUCAGAGAAGCCAUGUCGCUUGGAGUCCUUAUGAACACCAAAGGUUUAGUAGAGCUUAUCGUUCUAAAAAUCGGCAAGGACCAGAAGGUGCUGAAUGAUCAAGCGUUUGCGAUCUUAGCCAUAAUGGCGUUGGUCACAACCUUCAUCACAACUCCACUUCUGAUGGCUAUUUACAAGCCUGCGAGGAGAGGAGCACCGUACAAGCAUAGAACAAUCCAGAGAAAAGAUCAUGACUCCGAGCUACGGAUACUCGCUUGCUUCAACAGUACACGCAACAUCCCAACGUUGAUCAAUAUGAUCGAGUCAUCAAGAGGGACAGGACAAAGAGGACGUCUCUGCGUCUACGCUAUGCGUCUAAUGGAGCUCUCUUAGUGGUCAUCAGCGAUAGCUAUGGUUCACAAAGCUCGUUUGAACGAUCCGAGAGGGAAUGAGUCGUUGGCUUACGAGGAGAGAGUCGUUGAGAGCAGAGAUGAUGUCAACGCGACGCUUAAAGCGAUGAGCAAAUGCAAUCUUUUCAUCGUGGGGAGAAACGCGGCGGUUGCGUCGUUGGUUAGCAGUACGGAUUGUCCGGAGUUAGGACCAGUUGGAGGUUUGUUUUCGUCGUCGGAUACGAUCCUGCGGCCGCUCAUAGAGGAAGACGUUGACUACGAAGGUUCUUCCAGAGAUAUUUCAGACUCGACCGUCUGAACGAAUCUAAUCAGCUUAUUAUUACAGUGCCAAAACAAACAAAGAAAAGUGUGUGUCUGUGUUUUUACUUUCGCCUCAUGAAAUGUUUUGGUUGGGACAUGUUCUUUUCGUUGUAAUGGUUGUCAUUCUAUUUAUGCACAUGAAAAUCGACUUGGAAUU